UCAAAAUGUAUAUACCUUCAGAGGCUGAUGCAUGGGCUGAUGACAUUUACGUCAAAUACUCUUUCAGCAAAUUACUUUGAACAGUAUCGGGCAUGCUGCCACGCAGGGAAACAAUCAAGUUGUGGCAGCGUGAGCGUGCCAUUUCAGACACUAUUCAUAUAGUCCAGAGGACUAUUCGCCAGCUGUCCUCUUGUUUAACUCUAUUGUCUCGGUUUUCUCCCGCUGGCUCUGUUAGACACGCCUAUAGCAGAAGAAGCGUGUGCUGCCUUCAAAAAGAUCACACGCGCUUACGAAGCAUCUAGACAAACAUUGGCGAUAGGGAGUAUUUGCAAUGGUAUCGCCCAGGUUUUUACCUCUAAACUUGAUUACAAGCACAAUUUGAAAAUUUUCCUUUAUAAAAUUGUAAGUGAGGGUCUAUUAAUUUGAAUACGUGGGUUACUUCAUAAAUACGAACUGGAGAAUGUUUUAGCUGCAUGGCACACCCCCUUGCGCAGAUUCGGUUUGGUACAGUCCAGUGGCUUUUGGCUAGCUUGAGUAGAGACUCAACAUCCAGCCGCACUGUGGAGUCCACCGGCACACGCGCAUCUGCGGGAACGGAAUGAACGGAGGGUGUGUUUUGGGCUGGAUACAGCAAAGAAAGGUAUGAUUAAGAUGGUCACAUCUGCAGACUGAUCUGAGAUAUUGUUUUGGGGGGGUUUUCAACAAAAACUGCAGAAUUACAAAAACAAACAUGGAUUGUAAGGAGGAGAUCAGUGACUCUGAUAGCGGGAUCAUUUUAAACUCUGGCCCAGACAGCCCCACGUCUCCGGUGAAGGACCUGAGCACUCACACACGUGCCAUGAGGCUGAAGCAGCAGGCCCUUGAGGACAGACUGGAGCUGUGUGUCCUGGAGCUCAAGAAACUCUGCAUUAGAGAGGCUGAGCUGACUGGAAAGCUGCCCUCUGAUUACCCUCUCCUGCCUGACGAGAAGCCUCCGAAGGUCCGGCGACGCAUCGGAGCCGCUUUUAAACUGGAUGAGGGUUUUAUUUCACAAGAUGGCGAGGAGUCUGAGCUGCACGCGCUGGAGGCUGAUCUCGCCCUGCAGCGGCAGAUUUAUGAGGCGGCCCGAAAGCUCUCCCUCGAGGAGCACAUCAGCAAACCGGUGAGGAAAAGCCGACUGCAGCAGUGUAAACGCGAAGAGAAGAAGCUGAAAGAGCUGCAGGAUGUGAUACUGAAACACCGCAUCAACCACGGCUGUGUCUCUCCACAGACCUGCUAUUCAUCCAGACAGAGAGAUCUUUGUAUGUCUGAUGACAGCUCACUGUCUGACGCUGUUGCCUUGGAUGAUGAUUCCGACUCUGCUCCCUUUUCUCCGGCUGUUCUGGGGUCUUCCACAGACAGCAGCAUCCAGCGAUUGACACUCUUACCCAAUAAUGGUCCAAAGCAGUCGAGCUCCAGCUCCAGUCUGGACUAUGAUGCCUCACCCAUCCAGAACUCUCCAUGGAAGGAAUCCAGCUUGGACCAGCCCUACCAGAAACAAAAACCAUCUCACUCCGCCUGCAGCAGCCGCUCAAGCAGUCCAACAGGCUCACCAACAGACAUGAGAAUGGCAGAACUUCCUCCAGCACCCCAGUUUGUGUUUAAAAGUCUGCCAGUGCGGAACAAUCAGCCAAACAGCGCCCCCUCCACCCCAGAGCUGCCACUGCGCCGACAGUUCUCUCAGUCCUUCAGACUUCCCAGAAGCAAACCAGAAUUGACCAAGGCCAGCUCAGAACUGGGACGGGGCCGGACCAAGUUGCCUCGUCGACGAGUGACCGAUUUUGCGUUAGCCUACUCAGUUCAACGUUUAUAUCAGUGCAGCUCUGAAGACAGCAGCUCCGAGCUUUCCAUUUCCUCAUAUAGCAGUUCCUCCAGCCGAGAGACAACCGCCGAGGCGCCUAAACCAUGUCCGCCACCAUACGGCUACCAUCGCACUGCUCCAAAUAAAGCACCAGGCCAGCUCAACACCAACAGCCCACCCAAAAAUAACAACAACAACCCACCUCACCUCAUGGCCGGCCCCAGUCAAGUGAAGAUUAACAACAGGACACCACUUCAGGCAGACAUGGGGAGGCUGCAACUUGGACCGAAUUCACAAUCUGGUACCGUGCAUAGUAAUAAACCCCAACAAGUGGAGGUUACUUCACCCAAACGGAUUCUCAAGCCUCCCCCGCCGUACACAAAGGUGGUACGCACAACAUCGCUAAGAGAGUACCCCAAUCAUCCCAGCCGGGUGCUUCCUCGAGAAAUGGUAUCAGGAGAGCUUAAAACCUGGCACCAGAAAAACAAUUUAGCUGUGUCCAAACACCGCUCACUUGAACGGCAAGGAUCGAUUCGAAUUAAGCGCCCAGAGCCGCCACCCUACCACCAGAUUCCCUCUCAAAAACAGGUUUCUCAGAAAGUGAUUCUGCAAAGGGCUUCCGAUGGAACGCCGCUGCAGUGGUAUGAAGAGGAAAACUCCGAGAUUGUGAGUCAGGUGUAAACCAGGUAGAAGAAACCAGGAGGAAAUUACACAGAGAAUAAGUGAACUCCUUGUACACCUUCUUUAGUUUUAUUUAUUGAGCCAAUGGACUCAUUGAUGUAGCCUGAUAGUGAAAAUUAUGUUAAUUCUCACCAAGACUUUUUGACCAAGUUGGAGCUGAGCCAGUAAAAUAUACGCCUCAAUUCCAUAUAUGCCUACAUUUGUGAUUAAAUUUCAAGUCUAA